UUGGCCGCUGCCUCAACGCGGCCAAACGCGGCCGGGAACGGAAAGGAAAGUUCGCUGUGCUCAAGGUCACAGGAUGGCCGUGAAAAGCAUGCGUCCGUGACGGUAGGCAGUAGGCACUCAGCCUCUCAAGUACCAGCUACUCAAUCUUGUCACGAACGCGAACGACAUCACCUGUCCGCCUGUUGCGCGACCACUACUGACCGCAGCCGAGUAAUUCGAGAAAACCCUUCGUGGCAGGGUGGCAGGGAGGAAGGGACGGUGCCCACAAGCCGCUGGCCGCCAGCAUAUGCGCUAAAACGAGUGAUAGGACAGGAUUCGCUAAGAGUGACGAAGGAACGACGGAACGACGGAACUAUAGAGACCUCGGGCACCGGCCGAGCGGCAUCGGUGUGUACUGCCGUGUACUGUUCGCUGCAGUACACUGGAGGUGGUCUGACGGUGCGAGGCAAGCGCCAGGGACGACGUUUUCGCAGCGUAGCUACCGCACAAGAUGAAUGCGAUUGUCAACGGCAAGCCGAGCGGACGACCGCGACGUAG